UGCAAAUAAUUUAAAGCCGAAAAGAAAACCCAGCUCUUAAAUCAAAAUCCAAAAACCCUUUUGUAAAAAGCGCGGCUCCAAAUUAGUGCGUCGUGUCUAGUAGUAUUGGGGCUAAAACGACAGAGCAUUACAAGAAGCAAAAAUGGCGAAGAAGAAGAAAAGGGAAAGAGAAGCAGAAGCGCCCAAAGCUGAAAAACCAGAGCCAGAAAUCGAAGCUGAGCUUGUUCUUAAUGGCGACUCUAACAAAAAGAAGAAGAAAAAGAAAACGGUUGUUAAAGACGGAGACGAAACCCAGCACAUACCUACAGUUACCGUAGCCGUGCCUGGUUCCAUCAUCGACAACGCUCAAUCCCUCGAACUCGCCACCCGAUUGGCUGGUCAGAUUGCUCGUGCCGUAACCAUUUUCCGAAUCGAUGAGGUGGUAGUAUUUGACAGCAAUGGUAAUUCGGCAAAUAGUUAUGGCACUACAGCAGCAGAGAACUCGGACGACAAUGAAAAUGGUGCAGCUUUUCUUAUGAGAAUCUUGCAGUACCUUGAGACGCCACAAUAUUUGAGAAAAGCUCUAUUUCCAAGGCAUAACAGCUUAAGAUUUGUGGGUAUGUUGCCACCGCUUGACGCACCGCAUCAUCUGCGUAAACAUGAAUGGGCUCCAUUCCGGGAAGGUGUCACGCUGAAGGAAAGAGUUUCAAACCCUGUAGGAACAUUGGUUGAUGUGGGUUUGAGUAAGAGUAUCAUUAUUGAUCAAGUAAUUGAUCCUGGAACAAGAGUUACGGUGGCUAUGGGAGCCAAUCGAUAUUUGGAUACUGAUUCACCCCACCAGAUUGUACCGUCCUCUAAGCCUAGGGAACAAGCUGGAACAUAUUGGGGAUAUAAAGUGCGAUAUGCUUCCAAUUUAAGUUCAGUGUUAGCAGAAUGCCCAUACAAGGGUGGCUAUGAUCAUUUGAUUGGGACCUCGGAGCAUGGUUUGAUUGUCAACUCAUCUAGUCUUACCAUACCUACCUUCAGGCAUCUAUUGAUUGCUUUUGGUGGACUUGCUGGGUUGGAAGAGAGCAUUGAAGAGGAUAAUAAUAUAAAGGUAAAAGACGCUCGGGAAGUAUUUGAUCAAUAUUUGAACACAUGUCCACAUCAGGGGAGUCGAACAAUUCGAACAGAGGAAGCAAUAUUUAUAUCCCUUCAAUACUUCCAAGAGCCAAUCAACCGAGCUUUGCAGAGAAUUUAACUAUUGCUUGAAGAUAAAAAGAAUUCCCCAAAGAAUUUUUCUUCCUUUUUCUAUUUUCUGCUGAAAUGAAUUGUUUCUAUAGCUUGAAGAUAGAAAAUAUUCCCCAAAGAAUUUUUCUUCCUUUUUCUUUUUUCUGUUGAAAUCAAUAGUUUCUAUCUAGAGGUAGGUAUUUGAGAAAUGAUCAGUGCCCCUUUCUAAGGUAGCUGGUGAUUAUCAGACAUGGCUUUAUCAUGAUAUGUUUGUAAAACUAAUCAUUUUAUAGUUGAAAUUAAUCAAAUUAGUCCCCUACUUGAUUA